GUUUCGCUGCGCGUCCGGCGUCCGCCUCGAGGACCGGGGUCUGUCUGCUUCCUGAACACCGCCCACGAACUUUACGCGAGGACGAAGAGCCGAUCUGCAAGACGUGGAUCCGACACUGACGAAGGGGAGUCGACCGAGCGCCCCACGGUCCAGGACACGGCGUACAAGAGCAGCGGCUGCAAACGGCGACAACGAUCGACAGGCACAUUUGCCUCCGCGGACCCAAUAAUGUCCUCCCCCGCCGACGUGGAGAACGGCCAUGGCCCCGACGGGCAGGCAGGUGGCGAUAAUCCCAGCCCCCCACCGCGUACGGGACUCAAAGCCAUCUGGGCCGAGAUCAGCGACCUCAACUUCUUCCGCGUCCAUCUGCUAGCGUUCACGUUCAUUCCCCUCAUUCUGUCCGGCAUCUUCUAUGCGGCUGGCCCGCAUGACGGGUCCACAACGACCACGACGUCUGGAGAUGAGCCGAUCAACCUUGCCUACCUCGACGCGCUGUUCCUGUGCUAUAGCGCUAUGACCGUGUGCGGCCUGGCAACCGCCAACCUCAGCGCGCUAUCGAAGGUCCAGCAGGUCAUUUUGUACAUCCUAAUGCUCUGCGGCAACAUCACCACCGUCUCCUACUGCAUGCUCCUCGUCCGCAUGCGCUACUUCCGCGUCAAGUGCGAGUACGUCGUCAAGAAGGAGCUCGAGGAGCACCGUCGGCUCCCCAUGUGGAUGCAGCGCACCAAGAAGGGCAUCAUCGACCAGUUGUCUGCCCCUACGACCACCGAGCCGACGCUCUCCGCUCAGGCCACUGCGUUGGCCCCCUCCACCCAUGCUACCCUCAUUCCCUCCGACGGUCGUGCGACACCCAAAGUUGGCGUUCAGCACCCGACGCCAGGCCCCACUCCUGCGGGGACCCUCGUCGAGAGGGACCGCCAUCGCUCCGGCUUUCUGAACGAUCUGCUGCACGCCGACUCCGAUUCCGACUCGGACACGGCGGAGGAGCAAUUCCUUUCAGAUGCGCAGAUACUUAGUUCAUCCCCGCAGUCGGGCAACAUCGACCUGCCGCAGCUUACGCCAGUAGCCUCGCGCGCUAGCGGGGUGUCGUUGGGGCACAGGAGUCGGGCGGCCAAGCGAAAGGGUACUGGUGUAGCUUUUGCAGACGCGGUAGAGAGACAGCAGAAGAUGAUGGAACGCUUCCCCACUCGUCGCGGCACGACUGUCCUCGCACCUCGAGGAACCAUGGUCUACCCGCCCAAUCUCCCGCAACCCACCCGCAAGAACACACCGGCGCGCAAGAACGCCGUCGAUAUGAAUGGCCCGCCCUACGCCGACCCGCUCUCCACCCGCUAUGAGUCUCCGCACAAGUACACCGGGCUCGGCGGCUUCCCUGGGCCUGCGGCGCUGUUGGCAGCGGCAGCGAGAGCGGCUGCGCCGGGCGUGACGGACAAGUUGAAGAAUGCGCUGGAGGUGAAGACAGAGCACCACACCGGCCACGACUCCUUCCUCGCAGACCUCCGGGGUCGUCUGCGCGUCUGGCGGAACGGGUACUUCGAGACGGACGAGCUGACGGAGGAUGAUGUGGAGAAGAUCGGCGGUGCGGAGUAUCGCGCGCUGCGGCUGCUGUCCUACUUGGUUCCCGCGUACCUCAUCGGCUUCCAGGCUGUCUCGUGCCUGAUCUUCGCACCAUGGCUUGCGGCGACGAAUGCAUACGCGGACGUCUUUGCCGCUCAAGCGGGUGGGCAAGUGCGUCCGGUCACCAUAGGGUGGUUUUCCGUCUUCCAGGUCAUGAGCUCGUAUACAGGCGGUGGCAUGUCGCUGGUGGAUGCUGGCAUGGUGCCCUUCCGCAAUGCGUGGCCGAUGAUCGUCGGCAUGAGCCUGUGCAUCCUUGCAGGCAAUCACGCUAUGCCCAUUCUGCUCCGCUUCACAAUCUGGGUCCUCUCGAAGACAGCCGGAGACAGAAGCGAGCUGGCCCAAGCGACCGAAUUCCUGCUCAAGUACCCCCGUCGGUGCUUCAUCUACCUGUUCCCCGCGCCGCAGACCUGGUUCCUCGUCAUCUGCCUCGUUGUCUUCAGCGCGGCCGAGUGGCUGAUGUUUCCGGUCCUCAAUUCUGGCCUCCCCUUCUACACCGCGCUCCCGGCCGCGGAGAGGGCGGUGUCGGGCUUGUUCCAGGGCCUCGCUGCGCGCGCGAGCGGGUUCCCCAUCGUGCCGAUGACGGAUAUCGCGCCGGCGUUGCAAUUCCUGUACAUGGUCAUGAUGUAUAUCGCUGUGUAUCCGGUCGCUCUCUCCAUUCGAUCGACCAACGUGUAUGAAGAGCGUUCGUUGGGCGUGUUCGAGGCCCCGGAGGAGGACGAGGAUGAUGAGCCGGAUGUGGUCGACCAGGACAUGCGAGAACUGGCACCUCGCGAGCGGGUCGGUCGGUACGUCGGGUGGCACCUAAGGAGGCAGGUAUCCGUAGAUAUCUGGUGGCUCGUUUGGGGCGUCUUCCUUGUUGCUGUAAUCGAGCGUGGGCAUCUCAUCGACCCGGACAAGAAGUGGUUUGACCUCUUCCGAGUGAUCUUCGAGCUCGUGAGCGCAUUCGGUGGAAUCGGGCUGAGCUUAGGCUUUCCGAGUGAUAACUACGCUUUCGUCGGCGCCAUGCGACCACUAUCGAAGAUUGUAGUCAUAAUCAUCAUGGUACGGGGCCGGCAUCGUGGUCUCCCCGUCGCCGUCGACCGCGCCGUGCUCCUCCCGCGCGAGCUCGUCACGCAGAGCAGUGUGCCAGCGACUGACGGCGCGGGGCAGGAGAAGCCCGACGGCCAACCUUCUCAAGAGAAGAAGUCCGAGGAGAGCACGACCGAAGGGCAUAGCGCCACCAUAGCGGGCAGCGCGACGGCUCUCGGGAAAGGUGCCCCCAGCGCCAUGAGCACUGAGGAAAGCGACCACGCAGGCAAGCCGGAUGCCCUCGUGGAGGCGAUCCCUCUGCGACAGAUCGGGUCUCGGUGAGCCCCUUGGAUGUAGAAUUGACUGUAAUGCCUUGUGUAUGAACCAGCGGCAAGAGCUAUUAUUUAUCGACCGCCAGAAUCUCUGGAGGCGCUAAUUGGACGGAAUCAACCCUAUGUUCUCAUACCCGCUACAGGAGCACGUACGAAUAUAUUCCCCCAACACACUCAUCAUCAAGACUGGAAGAUACGGACUGGCGCUUACUAUCAUAGACCUAUUUCCCUAUUUCUCUGCUAUCUUGGAACAAUUAGAUAGACUGGAUCGGUUGCUGUGCUUCGUA